AUGCCCUCUGCUUCUUUAUUAGUUUAUUUGCUUUUAGCAUUGCUCAUUCAUUUCACAUCCGGAGAAACGGAAGUGAAGUUCAGUGGACAAACGGAAUUUGUAGUCAAUGAAACAAGUACAACUGUUAUACGUCUUGUAAUUGAAAGGACAGGGAAGCCUGCUAACAUCACAGCAAUUGUGUCGAUUGAUGGAGAAAACACAGGAGACUUUUUUGACACAUAUGCAGCUGCAUUUAUACCUGAUACAGAAACAAACCGAACAGUGUAUAUAUCUGUCUGUGAUGAUGAUCUUCCAGAGGCUGAUGAGACAUUCACAUUUCACUUGACACUACUGAAACCAUCUGCAAGGAUGAAGCUUGGCACUCCCAAAUCUGUCACUGUAACAAUCUUAUCAAAUGACAAUGCCUUUGGAAUAAUUUCUUUUAACAUGUCUGCCUUAAUCACAGUGAAUGAGCCUAGGGGCAGAAAUGAAUUUGUUCCGCUCACUCUAAUCAGGGAGAGAGGAACCUACGGGACAGUCAUUGUAAGUUUUGAGAUAGAAGAUGGACCAAAUUCAGCUGAAGAAGACUUAAGUCCAUCCAGGGGAAAUAUUACAUUUACCCCUGGGAGAUCAGUGUUGAUUUAUAAUGUAACAGUGCUUGAUGAUCAGGUGCCUGAAAAUGAUGAAAUCUUUGUUGUUUGUCUGAAGAGUGUGGAGGGAGGGGCUGAAAUCAACAACACAAAAAAUUCUGUUUGGAUUAAUAUUAAGAAAAACGACAGUCCUGUGCGUUUUGUUCAGAAUGCUUAUAUGGUGCCUGAGGAAGAUGAAGUGAUAACAAUCGAAGUGGUUCGUGGUAAAGAUGUCACUGGAAAAUUAAUUGGACCUGAUGAAGAUGAAGUCUCUGUCAGUUACGCCAUCAUAACUGGGGAUUCAGCUGCACAUGCACAGCUUAAUGUAGACUUCCUAGAUCUACAGCCAAAUACAACUCUUGUUUUCCCACCUCUAGUUCAUGAAACAUAUUUGAAAUUUAAGAUCCUUGAUGAUGCCAUACCAGAAAUUGCUGAGACCUUUCAGAUUAUGCUUCUUAAAGACACUUUGCAGGGAGAUGCUGUUUUGAUUUAUCCAUCUGUUGUUCAUGUCACUAUCCAGCCGAAUGAUAAACCCUAUGGAGUGCUGUCAAUUCACAGUGUUCUGUUCCCUCACACUGUUAUCAUUGAUGAAGACCAAAUUUCAAGGUUUGAAGGGAUCACAAUUGUAAGAAAUGGUGGAACACAUGGAAAUGUUUCUGUUUCCUGGGUUAUAAUCCGAAAUAGCAGUGACCCUUCACCUGUAACUGAAGACCUACUUCCAGAGGCAGGAGAGAUAAGUUUUGAUCAAGGAAAGAUGCUGGUGACACUUCAUCUGGACAUUAUUGAUGAUGAUAUACCAGAAGAGGCAGAGCCUUAUCUUCUGAAACUCCUAGCUUAUACAAUACACGGAGGUGCAGAAGUCAGUGAGCCAUCUGAGCUUCUGUUUUACAUUCAGGACAGUGAUGAUGUUUAUGGCCUGAUAAAAUUCCAUCCUUUGGAGAAUCAGAAGAUUGAAAGUAAUCCAAUGGGACGCUUUUUAUCCUUGAGUUUUGCAAGGGAAGGAGGAACAGUUGGAGAUGUGCAGUUGGUUUAUACUGCACUGUAUAUUCCAGCUGGAGCUCUGGAUCCUGAUAGAGCGAAAGGUGGCAUUCUAAAUAUGUCUAGAAGAAGUACUCUCAUCUUUCCAGAAGGAAAAGCACAAGUUACUAUAAAUAUACCAAUACGAAAUGAUGCGUUUCUUCAAAAUAGAGCUCAUUUUGUCAUACAGCUGGAAAAAGUUGAGCUGCUGAAUAGAAUUCCUCUUGUCCCACCUGUGAGUCCUAGAUUAGGUGAGAUUCGAAAUAUUUCUUUGAGGAUUACUCCAGAUAUUGCAAAUGGAGAAAUAGGCUUUACUAGCAAUCUUCCAAUUAUUCUUUCUGAACCAGAAGAAUUGCCUGCUACAGUGGUUUCCAUUGCAUUGCAUCGAGAUGGGACUGAUGGUCAAGCAACUGUGUUUUGGAGUUUGAGGCCCUCUGGUCCUAAUCACAAGGCAGUAACACAGGAUGAUAUAAGUCCUUUUAAUGGCUCUGUUGUUUUCUUAUCUGGACAAAGUGAUACUGCAAUCAACAUUACCAUUAAAGCUGAUGAUAUACCUGAAAUGAAUGAAACUGUGUUACUAACUUUGGACAGGGUAGAGACAGAAAGGUUUGUUGUGUACUUUGGGGUCAGUGUGGAAAAUCAAAUACUGAAAUAUGGGUUUACUACUUGUGAGAUCACUAUUUUGGAAAAUGAUGAUCCUGGAGGAGUGUUUGAAUUUUCUCCCUCUUCCAGAGGUCCCUACAGUAUCAAGGAGGGGGAUUCUGUCGAACUGCAGAUUGUCCGCAGCAGAGGGAGCCUUGUCAGGCAGUUUCUGCGAUAUACUGUAGAACCAAGGGAAAAUAAUGAGUUUUAUGGAAGCACAGGAAUUUUGGAAUUUAAGCCUGGUGAAAGAGAGAUCAUAAUUACCCUUUUGGCAAGGAUGGAUGGGAUUCCAGAGCUGGAUGAGGCAUAUGCUGUUGUGCUCAGUGGCUACAGUGAAAUGUCAGGCAAGCUGGGGAAUGCCACAAGGGUAAAUAUAACCAUUUUGAAGAAUGAUGAUCCACAUGGUGUCAUUCAGUUUCUACCUGAUGAACUAUCAGUAACAAUAAAGGAAAGUAAAGGAGAAAUCAUCUAUGCUGCCUCUUACAGACUUGUAAGAAACCAAGGAAACUAUGGCAGUGUUAGUGUGUCCUGGAUUGUUGACCCAGUAUGUACCAAUGACGUUUAUCCAGAACAAGGGACUGUAUUCUUUGAUAAUCUGGAGUUUUCAAAAAAUAUCACAAUUUACUCUCUACCAGAUGAGGUGCCUGAAGAGAUGGAGGUAUUCAUUAUCAGACUAUUCAAUGCCACUGGUGGAGCAAGACUGGGCAAUAUAACCAGUGCAUUUUUACAAAUUACAAGGAAUGAUGAUCCCAUUUAUUUUGCAGAACCUCUGACAGUGAGGAUUACAGAAGGGAGUGUUGCAAACUUUACAGUCCUAAGGAAUGGAUCUGCUGAUACUGUUGUUGCUGUUCAGUAUAUUACUGUUAAUGGAGAUGCAACAGCUGAAGAGGGAGACUUUGUUCCCAGUAAAAAGGAGAGUUUAAUUCUGUUCGAUGUUGGAGAAAGAGAACAGACCUUAUCUGUGUAUAUUAAUGAUGAUGAUACCCCUGAAACUGAUGAAGUAUUUUAUAUCUUCCUUUUGAAUUCAACAGGGGAUACUGUUAUCUUUAAUGCUGGAGUGGCUACAGUUAUUAUCGAAGCAAAUGAUGAUCCUAAUGGAAUUUUCUCCUUAGAACCUCUAGAGAAGUCAGUGGAAGAAGGAAAAAGUAAUUUUUUUUUGAUUUUGAGACAUAGAGGACACUUUGGCAAUGUCUCAUUAAGCUGGCAGCUGUUUCUUAAUGACUCUACACUGAAGCCAGGAGAAGAGUUCUAUGAAACAUAUGGGACUGUGUACUUUAUGGAUGGUGAAGGAUCAAAGCAGAUAGUGCUUCAUGCUGUUUCAGAUAAAAUUCCUGAAUUCAAUGAAUUUUACAUUUUAAAAUUGGUGAACGUUUCAGGUGGAUCUGCUGGUGGGCAGUUGUCUGAAACAAGCCUUGCUGUAACUGUGAUGAUCCCUUUCAAUGAUGACCCUUUCGGAGUCUUCGUUAUGGAUCCAGAGAGUCAGGACAGAGAGAUAGCAGAAGAUGUUCUUUCUGAAGAUGAUCUUUCCUAUAUUACAGACUUCACCAUCUGGAGACAUCAAGGCACUUUUGGUGCUGUCCGUUUAGGUUGGGAAAUACUGUCCAGUACGUUUCAAACUGGAUUACCAUCAAUGGUGGACUUCUUGUUGCUGGGAUCAUUUCCAAGUUCAGUGCAAUCUCAGCCACACAUGAGACGCCAUCACAGUGGAACAGAUGCUUUGUAUUUCAGUGGAAAAGAGGAUGCAUUUGGAAUUAUUCAUCUGGAAUAUCCAUACGAUGGAAAUACUGCAGUAACUAAUUUUACAUUUUCAGCGUGGUUAAUUCCUAAUGUCAAUACUGAUGGUUAUAUAGUUGAAAAGGACGAUGGUAAUGGGACCUUAUAUUAUGGUGUGAAAAUUGAAACAAAUGAUUCUCAUGUUUCUGUAGUGUUUCAUUAUACAGCAUUAGGAUCCUGUAUGACAUACAUAGCCAAAGCAGCAGUCCUUAAAUACCUGGAUGAAAGUACGUGGGUUCAUAUUCUGAUUACUCUGGAUGAAAGUAUAAUUGAAUUUUACAUGGAUGGAACUCCAAUUCUAGGAGGAAUUAAGAGCCUUAAAGGAGAAGCAAUUGCUGAUGGUCCAGGAAUAGUGAGAAUUGGAGCAGGAAUCAAUGGCAACAGCAGGUACACAGGUUUAAUGCAGGAUGUAAGGCUUUAUGAGAGAAAACUGACACAGGCAGAGAUCUAUGAACUCCAUGCAACUCCUGCAAAGAGUGAUGUACACCCUGUCUCUGGGUAUUUGGACUAUUGGCAAGGAGAAACCAAUAAAUCAUUCAUUGUGUCUGCAAAGGAUGACAAAGAGGAAGAAGGAGAGGAGUUAUUCAUCCUAAAACUCAUUUCUGUGUGUGGUGGAGCUCGAAUUUCAGAAGAAAACACAACAGCAAGAUUAAGAAUACAGAAAAGUGAUAAUGCUAAUGGUUUAUUUGGCUUCACUGGAGCAUGUAUUCCUGAGGCUGCUGAUGAGGGUUCCACUAUAUCCUGUGUUGUGGAGCGAACAAGGGGUGCCCUAGACUAUGUGUAUAUAAAUUACAUUAUCUCACAGGUUGAUUCCAGGGGCAUUAAUUACUCCAUUAGCGAUUUUUCUAACAGCAGUGGCACUAUCACAUUCCUUCCUUGGCAGAGAUCAGAGGUCUUAAAUUUGAAUAUUAUUGAUGAUGACAUUCCAGAGCUAAAUGAAUAUUUCCGUGUGACAUUAGUCUCUGCAGUGUCUGGAGAUGGAAAACUAGGUUCAACUCCUACCAGCGGAGCAAGUAUAGAUCCGGAAAAGGAAACUACUGAUAUCAGCAUUAAAGCCAGUGACCACCCAUAUGGACUACUGCAGUUCUCAGUGGGGCCACCUCCUCAGCCCAGUGAUGAAAUGAUUCUUCCAGCCUCUGCUGUGCCCCAUAUCACUGUUAAAGAAGAAGUUGGAGACAUCAGAUUAUUGGUAGUUCGUGCACAAGGGCUUCUUGGAACAGUUCUUAUGGAAUACAGGACAGUGCCAGUUACAGCUUUCAGUCCUAAAGAUUAUCAGGCUGUUUGGGGCUCAAUGGAAUUUCAGCCUGGAGAAAGAUACAAGUACAUUACUGUUAACAUCACUGACAAUUCUAUUCCUGAACUAGAAAAAACGUUUAAAGUGGAGCUGUUGAACCCAGAGGGAGGAGUUGCUGAGCUCUUUAGAAAUGAUGGAAGUGGUAGUGGUGAUGGAAACAUGGAUUUCUUCCUUUCAACUGUCCCUCAACUUGCUAGCUUGGGAAUUGCAUCCCACAUCCUUGUGACUAUUGAGGCUUCUGAUGAUGCUCAUGGUGUGUUUGAGUUCAGUACUGAGUCCAUUUCAGUGAAUGGAACUGAACCUGAAGAUGGAGAUAGCAAUGUUGUGCUGCAGGUUGUGAGAAGUCAUGGGACCUUAUCUCAGGUGACAUUGCAUUGGAUCAUAGUCUACGAUCUCACCAAUGACCUGAUCUCUACAGAGGGGAAUGUAACGUUUGAUGUUGGCCAAGUGAGAGCAAAUAUUACAUUACAGGUUUCUCCUGAUGAUGUUCCCGAAUUGGAUGAGAUGUUUUCAGUCCUGAUCAUCAAUGUCUCCCUUGGUCGUCUUGGAUAUCAUACUAAUGCAACAUUAACUAUUUUAGCAAAUGAUGAUCCGUAUGGAGUCUUCAUCUUUUCUGAGCGAAACAGACCAAUGAAAGUUGAGGAAGAAACAAAAAAUGUCUCUUUGACAGUUAUAAGGUGUGGUGGUCUCCUUGGUACAGUAAUGGUGAAAUACAGAACUAUUGGUGAUGAAGAAAAGUUGCACUUUCUUCCACCUGAUGUUGUCAGAGCAAUAGAGGGAAAAGACUACAUACCUGUUACAGGUUAUGUGGUCUUUGCAAGCAAUGAAAGUGAGGCCACAAUAUCCUUGCCUAUUUUGGAUGAUGAUGAUCCUGAGAGGUCAGAAUCUGUUUUUGUGGAACUAAGCAAUGUUGUUUUGAUCAAGAAAGUUCAGGAUCGGCCAAUUAUAAAUUCUCCUCGACUUGGUUUACUGGGUGAGACAAUAGCUCAUGUAAUUAUCAAUGCCAAUGAUGAUGCUUUUGGAACACUUCAGCUUUCAGCUUCAGCUGUGCGAGUUGCUGAAAGCUAUGUUGGACCAAUCAUUAAUGUGACCAGAACCGGGGGAAUAUUUUCAGAUGUUUCUGUGAAAUUUAAAGCUAUGCCAAUAACUGCAACAGCUGGUGAGGACUACAGUGUAGCUUCAUCAGAUGUUGUCCUACUAGAAGGGGAAACAAGUAAAGCUGUGCCAAUUUAUAUAAUUAAUGAUAUCAAUCCUGAACUUGAGGAGUCAUUUUAUGUUCAGCUGCUGAACCAAACAACAGGAGGAGCCUUGCUUGGGUCUUUAACAAGGGCAGUCAUAACAAUUGACGCUUCUGAUGACCCAUUUGGAUCCUUUGUUUUUCAGAAUACUGAAUUCACUGUGGAGGAGCCUGAAUUUGGAUCAGUAACCAUAAAUCUGCCAAUAAUCCGUAAUGCUGGGACCCUGGGUAAUGUUACUGUUCAGUGGGCUGCUACCAUUAAUGGGCAUCCUGCUGAUGAAGACUUACAAGUUUCCAUGGGUAAUAUUACUUUUGGCCCUGGGGAAGCCAUUCAGAUGUUGCUGUUGGAAAUCCUGGCUGAUGAUGUUCCAGAAACAGAAGAAAUUGUCCAUAUUGAAUUAACUCAGGCCUCCAAUGGCGCUGCUAUCGGGUUAGAUGGCAUGGCAAAUAUUGUUAUACCUGCCAAUGAUAAUCCUUAUGGCACAGUUUUCUUUCAUCAAUCUUCAUAUCGAAUUCAGGAGCCACUAGAAAGAAAUUUACUUGCAAAUAUAUCAGUCAGGAGAAGUGGGGGAAGGUUUGGUCAGCUGCAAAUAUUUUACAGCACUUCUGAGACUGACAUUGUAGCUCUUGCCAUUGACCAAGGUGAGGAUAUACUGGCCUAUUACAAGUCUCCUGUACAAGGAAUUCCUGACCAGCCAUCCAAGACCAGAGUGAAUGUGUCAGCAGCAAGUGACCCACUGUAUGCCUGUGCAACUCAGUGCCUAAAAGAACAAGCGUGUUCAGCCUUUACAUUUUCCAGUGCCUCUGAGAUUCCUCUCUGCCUCUGGCUGACAACAGAGAUUGGGCCAUUAACUAACAUGUCAGGAUUAUGGACCUACGAGAAAAACAUCAGCAGUACAUCCAUUCUCUUUAGCACACAAGCCAUUGCUGGUAGUGAUUAUGAAUCUAUCACAGGACAGUGGGCCAUCAUGCAGGAAGGGGAAGAGUUUGCAAAUCUCACAGUUACCAUACUUCCUGACAGCCUGCCAGAGCUGGAUGAAAAAUUCACUGUAUCCCUGUUGAAAGUUGAACUUUUUAACAUCUCAGCCAGCUUAAAAAAUCAACCAACUAUUGGGCAGCCAAAUACUUCCACAAUUACCAUAAUGAUGAAUGGGGAUGCCUUUGGAGUAUUUAAGAUCUAUAGUGUAAGUCCCAAUGCAACAGAGAAAGGCCUAUAUAUUGAAGUAGAAGAAUGUCCUCAGGCCAGCGUGCAGCUAAUGAUAGACAGGACAGAAGGCAGCCUGGGACAGGUGACAGUGGAAUGGCGUGUUGUUGGUGGAACUGCUACGCCAAACUUGGAUUUUGUGGGUGUUGGUGAGAUUCUGGUGUUUUCUGAAGGUGAAACAAAAAAGAUGGUCACACUGACCAUUUUAGAUGAUCCAGAGCCAGAGGAUAAUGAAAGCAUCAUAAUCAGCCUGGUGCAUACUGAAGGAGGGAGUAGGAUUCUGCCCAGUUUCAACACUGUCACAGUGGUUAUCCUGGCAAGUGACAAUGUGGCAGGAAUCAUUAGCUUCCAGACAGCUGGAAGGUCCGUUAUUGGUCAUGAAGGAGAACAACUGCAGUUCCAUGUUGUAAGAACUGCCCCAGGACUGGGAAAUGUUACUGUUGAGUGGAAGAUAGUUGGACAUAAUGUAGAACAAAAUUUUGAAUACUAUUCUGGAAUUCUCGUUUUUCCUGAGGGAAUAUUGAAUACAACAUUAUAUGUCCACUUGCUGGAUGACCGUAUUCCGGAAGAAAAAGAAGAAUACCGGAUCAUCCUAUGCAACAUCAAAACAGAAGGUGUUUCGCCUUCUGGUGCUGCUGUUUUGGAUAGUCAAGGCUAUGAAGCCGUUCUGACGGUAGAAGCUAGUGAUGAACCACAUGGAGUACUGAAUUUUGCUUCUCCAUCCCGGGUAGUUUUACUUCCAGAGGAAAACAAAACAGUUCAACUUUUUAUUAACAGAGAAUUUGGAUCUCUAGGUGCUAUCAAUGUUACAUAUGCCACAGUUCCAGGACUGGUCUCUUUAAGUAAUCAGACACAGGGGGCCUUGGCUGAACCAGGAGCUGAUUAUGUAGCUGUUUCUGACUCAGUGAUUUUGAAAGAAGGAGAAACAUCAGCUGCCAUAAAUGUUACUAUUCUAGAGGAUGAUGUACCAGAAGUGCAAGAAUUCUUCUUGGUUAAUUUAACUUCAGUGGAACUUAUCAUGAACCAUUCUACUUCUUCCCCACCUAGGCUGGUGACAGAAUUAAUUCGUUACAGACUGAAAGAUGUGGAAGGUUUAGCUUCUCAAAUUAUUAUUGACACUAAUGAUGGAGUAAGCGGAGUAGUUGAAUGGGAAAGUACCAAUUUAGAAGUUAAUGAAACUCAUGGGAAUCUGACAAUAAUGGUAUACCGAAACAAAGGAUCAUAUGGAAAUGUGUCUGUGUUUUUUUAUGCCCAAAAUUUGGAGGCACAGCUGGGUUUGGAUUUUAAUGUGGUCUCAAGGACUCUUUUUUUUGCUGAUGGAGAAAGGAAUAAAUCUGUUGUUGUUGCGAUUUGUGAUGAUGAUAUUCCUGAAGGUGUUGAGAAGUUCCAGUUAAUUCUAGCAAAUCCAUCAUUUGGCCUGGAAUUAGGGGAGAACACAACAGCCACAAUUACUAUAUUUGCCAAUGAUGAUGGACAUGGAAUUUUGUCAUUCAAUAACAGUGAUCACUUCUUCCUAAGAGAGCAAACGGCUCUUCAUCUGAUGGAAAGUGUUGCAGUAUUAAAUAUUAUUAGAGAACCUCCUCAGGGGAUAUUUGGAACAGUGUCUGUUGAGUAUCUUGUAAGUGAAAUUAAUUCUUCAGAUCCAUCAGUGGAUUUGGCCCCUUCUCAAGGAUACAUUGUGCUGGAAGAGGGAGUCAGAUUUAAGACACUGCGUAUUUCUGCAAUCCUGGAUGAAGAACCAGAAUUGGAUGAGCACUUUAUUGUCACCCUGUUCAAUCCAACUGGAGGAGCCAGACUAGGCACCAGAGUGCAAACAAUGAUUACGAUAUUACAGAACCAGGCUCCACUGGGGCUUUUCAGCAUCUACCCACUUGCAAAUAGGACAAAUAUCUUCACCGUUGAAGAAGCAAACACUACAGUUUAUUUGAAAGUUUCACGGAGUAAUGGGCUCAACGUGUCUGUGAGUGUUGAGUGGGAGACAUUGUCGGAUACUGCGUUUGGCAUCAGGGAUAGUAUCAGUGUUCUGUCUGUCGUGCAAAGCUUUGUGGAAGAGUCAGCAGCUGGCUGGUGUUUCUUUGCAUUGGAAAAAAACCUGUAUGGUGUGCUGUUGCGUUCACCUCCAGCUGUGUUUUCUACUGUCUACCAGUGGAAAGGAGUUUUUGUUGCCAUCGAGAAUUUCGGUAUGUGGAAUCCUAAAAGCUGUGUGUCUUUCCAAAUCCAUGCCUCUCCCUACCUUGUGAUUACUCAUGGAGGAAGCAGCUGGGGAGCAUCCAACAGCAGUGUGUAUGCAUUCAUGCCUGGGCGCAAACUAUUGAAGCUACAGACCCUCUCUAUUUUGGAUACCACACUUGUCAAACAUUUUGCUGUGGAUGAGGAAGACUAUUUGGUUUUUGUGAGUGAUACCACCAGUUACAGUCCCAUCCAGGUUUUCCAGUGGAAUAAAGAUAUAUUUGUGCCACAUCAUCAACUUCCACUUUACAAAGCUCUGAGUAUUGCCUUGUUUCCCCGAGGAGGCAUUAUGUACUUACUAGUUGCGUUGUCAAAUACCAGCCAGAAUGUGCUCUUGUACCAAUGGCUGAAUAAUGAGUUUAGGAAUCUUCGUCAGUUACCAGCAAAAGAAAUAAAACAUAUGGAGGCCUGGACUUCUGGAUCUGACAUAUAUUUAAUUGUUGCAAAAGAAACUGGAAAUUCUGAAAUUUACAUCUGGGAGACAGGGCAGCCUACCUUCAGACACUUUCAGUCUCUUCCACUCUCUGCUGUAAGAAACAUCCAUGUUUUCAUUCCUCCUUCAGGUUUAGUUCACAUCCUCCUCUCUGGUAAGGACACAACAGCACUCUACUCUUGGAACUCAGAAGGGAACCAGUUCUCUCUGAUGCUGGAAGCCCCAUAUGCAGAUCAUAUCACUUUCACUACUGCAAGGUCUCUGAACUCCAGCAAGAGUUUGAUUGCUCUUUCCAUUGGGUCCAGCUCCCAGAUUUAUGAGCUGACAACUAUCUCCAACCAAUCAGAUUUUAUACCUAGUUCAGGUGAAUUGAUAUUUGAGCCUGGGGACAUGGAAGCUGUGAUAGCAGUCAAUAUCCUGGAUGACAUCAUGCCAGAGGAGGAAGAAUGUUUUAAAGUGCAUCUGAAAAACCCUAAAGGAGGUGCAGAGAUUGGUGUCCACAGUUUCGUUAACAUAAUUAUUCCUCCCAAUGACAAUGCCUAUGGAGUCAUUGCAUUUGCCCAGAGUUCUUUAUUUAAGCAAAUUGAAGAAAUGGAACAGGACAACUUGAUCACCCUGAAUAUUGAACGUUUAAUAGGAACAUAUGGACGAGUUACAGUAGAGUGGAUCGCUAAUGGGAGCACAAGUGAUGUAUUUCCAGCUUCAGGAAUGGUAACAUUUUCAGAAGGUCAGGCCCUGUCCACAAUCACCCUGACAAUUCUCGCGGACAGCAUUGCAGAACUUUCAGAGGCAGUGGAAAUCAUACUCACCCGUGUUACCACUAUGGAUGUUCAAGAUAGCACAAAAGGAGCUGUCAUAGAUCCCGAAAGGGCAAGAGCUGUACUUAGCAUUUUGCCCAGUGACUCUCCACAUGGAGUGAUUGAAUGGCACAUGGAGUCUGUCUUCGUUAAAAUCACAGAGCCAGAAGGGCCAGAGAAUUCAACUACUGUUACUCUACAAAUUGUUCGAGAACAAGGUUUUCUUGGGGAUCUUGCAGUCCAGUUGAGCACUGCACCAAACUUUGAACUCCCCCUGUCCAAUCAAGCAACAGAAAAUGAGGAUUAUAUACUGGAAAAGAAAACAGUAAUUAUGGCAGAGAAUGCAACAACAACUUCUGUCAUAGUCACUAUUUUACCUGACAAUAUUCCAGAAUUACAGGAAGGCUUUAUAAUCAAUAUUACUGAUGUGCAGCUGAUCACUUUAUCUGAAGGACAGCCAAGUGUGAAGAGGCUUGGAUUAGAAAUAGCUGAAAUAACAAUUGAAGAAAAUGAUGAUGCCAGAGGAAUAUUUAAUUUUAAUGUUACAAAGGGUAUCACUGGAGCUGUUUCUGGUUAUGAGGUACCACCACCACAGAAUGUAUUGAAACUCCCAGUUGUUCGACAGGCUGGGAGGUUUGGGUCAGCAACUCUGUACUGGGAAGCCAUUCUUUCAACUGCCAGCUUUGAAGACUUCACACCAUCAUCUGGAAACCUUACCUUUGCAGAUGGGCAGGCUACAGGAGAAAUAGAAAUUACAAUCAUAGAUGACAGUGAAGUUGAAUUCCUUGAGAUAUUCAAAAUUGCCCUGGUGAGGGUAACAGGUGGUGCAAGACUUGGGAAUGACACUGUGGUAACUGUCGCUAUUCCACCAAAUGAUUCACCUGUUGGGGUAUUCAGGUUUGAAGAAAAGAAUGUAACUGUGAAGGAACCACAGACAUCUGAUGACUCCGCUGCAGUUGUUUUGCUCAAUGUAAGUCGAAGUCAGGGAGGAAGAGGAGCAGUUACAGUGUUAUGGAUUCUCGAGGAAGCAGCCAGAUAUGAUCUGACUCCUCUAAAUGGUACCCUUCAUUUCAGUGAGACUGAGUCCCAGAAACUGAUUGUUUUACAUGCAAUACAAGAUGGUCUGCUGGAGGGGAAUGAAACAUUUACCAUUCAGCUAGUCUCUACUGGUGAUGCAGAGAUAUCCCCUGUAAAUGGUGUUGCAACCAUCACUAUUAUGGGAGAUGAAGGAGCUUCUGGGGUGGUUGGGAUAGCCCAUUCAUCCAAGCAUGUUUUGGUUGGAGAACCUUCUGGAAGUUAUAAUGGAACUGCUCUUAUUAGCCUGGUACGUGGCCCAGGGAUUUUUGGGGAGAUCAUAAUAUAUUGGAAUAUAACACCUCCUCAUCAGACAGAAUUUAUCGAGGUAUCGGGAACCUUGACCAUGCGAGAUAGGCAGUCUGCAGCAGUUGUUCUAAUACAGGCUGUAGAUGACAGCUGUCCUGAGGAAAAGCAUUACUACCAAUUUCAACUAACCAGAAUCAGUGAUGGAGGACACAUAAAUGAAUCUAGCAGCACAGCAAAUAUUACCAUGGCUGCCAGUGAUUAUCCGUAUGGAGAGUUUACAUUCUCCCGUGAACUAUUGCAAACAACAGAAGAUGAAAAAUGGGUAAACAUCACUGUUGUGCGUUCCAAGGGAUCCUAUGGCAGAGUGCUUCUUCGCUUUCAGAUAAUAAAUGGGACUGCAGAGGAAGGAAUGGAUUUUACUCCCACAGUAAAGGAAAUGGUAUUUGAACCAGAGGAGGAAAGUAAAAUUAUUUUGAUUGAAAUUCAUGAUGAUGACUUUCCUGAAGGUCCUGAAAACUUUUCAUUGAUGAUUAGUGAAGUGGAACUCCAAGGAAGUGGAUUUGAUUUUACUGUAAGAGAGAAUGGUCUGCAGGUGGAUCAACCUCCAAUAAUAGGAAAUAUCUCCACAGUAUGGGUCACUAUUGCAAAAAAUGACAAUGCUGAAGGUAUCAUAGAAUUUGAUCCGCAGCAUGUCCUUCUACAGGUGGAAGAGGAUGCUGGAUUAAUCAUGAUUCCUCUUUUGCGAAAGUGUGGAACUUAUGGCAAUGUCACGGCUGAUUUUCUUUCUCGAAGUAUUUCUGCAAUUCAUGGUGUUGACUAUGUCAUUCAUAAUAAUACUGUAAUUUUUUAUCAUGAACAGAACCAGUCUUUUAUUUACAUAUCUAUUAUAAAUGAUGAAGAAAGUGAAUUUGCAGAGCUAUUUGAAAUCCAGUUGACAGGAGCCACUGGUGGAGCCAUCCUGGGGCUCCACCUGGUGAGCCAGGUCACUAUUGCGAAAAGUGAUUCUCCCCAGGGCAUGGUCCGAUUUCUCAACCAAAGCCAAAUUAUUCUUCCCAACCCUGAUGCAACCACAACGGUGUCCCUGGUGGUGGAAAGGACUGGGCAGUUGGUGGAGGCACAAAUUAACUGGGACAUUUUGGGACCCAAUUCAGAAGAAAUUUUGUCUCCUCUGAAUAGUGACAUUGGUGACCCUGUGAAUGGAACAUUCUAUUUUGAAGAAGGAGAAGGAGGUCUGAGAACAAUUAAUCUACAAAUCUAUCCACAUGAAGAAGUUGAAGUUCAGGAAACCUUCAUUAUUCGACUGAGCCUUAUGAAAGGUGAAACAGAAAUCGAUUCUAAGGCAAACAGCAUUACAUUAAUAAUAGAGAAGUUUGGUGAUCCACAUGGAAUUGUACAGUUUGCUCUUGAAUCAUUAACUGAGAGUAACUAUGCAGAACCCUCAGGAGAUGAAGGGCCACAAAAUAUUACACUGUUUGUCAAACGAAUUCAAGGCGUUCUGGGGAACAUAACGGUUUACUGGGAAAUACGUAGUGAAUCUGACAUCACAGGUGACUUUCUUGAGACAGAGGGAUUUGUUAUCAUUGCUGACCAGCAGAGUACAGCUGAAAUAAUUAUCUACCUGUUACCUGAUGAUGUUCCAGAACUGGAUGAAAGCUAUGAGGUACAGCUGAUUUCAGUGGAAGGUGGAGCAGAUUUAGACCAUGAGAGAGGAAUUUCAAAGAUCACAGUGUUUGCAAAUGAUGAUCCUUAUGGAGUGUUUGCCCUGUACUCUGAUCAGCAGUCAGUAUUGGUAGAAAAAACCCUGGAUCGAUAUGUUCAGAUUAAUGUGACUCGGCAUGCUGGGGCAUUUGGAGAAGUGAUGGUUGAGUACCGUGUCAUAUCCCUUCACGACGAAGCACUAAUUGAACCCAAGAAUGAGGUGGGAUUCCUCAUAAUAAAGGAUGGUGCCAGCUUUGGAGUAAAAAGAGUGCCAAUAAGCAACCAGGCAUUUAUUUUACUAGGCUUGAAUUUUACUGUGGAACUUACUAAUGUAAGCCUGGUUAGGGGAAGUGCCAAGGAUGUGCCUAAAAUAUUAGGAAUAGCAAAGUCUGCUGUGCUGCUUAUUCCUGAGGAAGCUGCCAAUUCACAGGUUGGCUUUGAAUCUGUGAUAUUGCGGCUUACAAACAUUGUAGCAGGGACAGGCCAUUCUGUCAUAACCAGGAAAGGAGUUUAUGGCUCUGUAAUAGUUAGCUGGAUUUCAGGAUGCCCACCAGACCUAGUCACUGACUCUGUUAAACUAGGCAAUAUUACUCCUCCAUUUGGUACGGUUGUAUUUUCCUUUGGGGAGGAAAGUAAAGUGAUUUCAUUUCAGGCUACUCCAAACCUAAAUAAAUCUGAGACAUUUGCCAUCACUCUAACAGCAGUGCACAGCAAUGUGUCUGGUGGGGCUCGCCUGAGAUCAGGAUUUACAAUAGCUAAAAUUGAGCCAAUGGGGAUCUUCCAGUUUGAUCUUAACUCAAGAUCAGUUUCAGUUGAAGAAGAUAUCCAGGUAGUCAGACUACAUGUCCAAAGAUUGUUUGGUUUUCAAAGUAAUCGCACUAAGCUGACAUUUCAGACCAUUCCAGGAAGUGCCAAACCACUAGAAGACUUUAUACCCAUCUACAAUGGAGAGCUUAUGUUUUUACAUUUUCAGACAAAUGCAGUGAUAGAAAUAUCAAUAAUUGAUGACACUGUGUCUGAAAUACAAGAAUUUUUUUUUGUAAAUUUGACUUCUGUGGAAAUUCUGGAUGUUCAACCAGCAAACCUUGACUGGAGUCCCCGUUUGAAUCCAACUUUCAGUCUUGCAACAGUUAAUAUCCUGGCUAAUGAUAUUCAUCAUGGAAUACUAAGUUUGGGGCCAGAGUUUAUUUAUGUUGAAGAAGAUACAAAUAACAAUACCUCCAACACAGCAGUGCUUCAGAUCAGAAGGACCAAGGGAUUUACUGGUGAUAUUAAAAUUACUGUUAAAACCUUUGGGGGAGCGAGUGCACAAAGAGGAGUAGAUUUGUAUCCUUUUGGAGAAGUUUAUGGAAAAUCAAACUUCACAUGGGCAAUGGAAGGAGAAGAUUUUGAAGAACAGACAAUCUCUUUGACUUUGCUGGAUGGAGAAUUUGAAAGCCAGGUGUCCAUAAAAAUUUUUGAUGAUGAUGAGCCUGAAGGACAGGAAUCAUUUUAUGUUUUCCUCUCAAAUCCUGAAUAUGGAGCUCAGAUUGUAGAAGGAAAGGAUGAAUAUGGAUUUGCUGCUUUUGCAAUAGUAAUUAUUGCAGGAAGCGAUCUCCAGAAUGGCAUUUUGGGAUUCAUUCCAGAAGUACAAAGUGGCCUGAUACUUGAUGAAGACUCAGAAAACAGAGAGGUGUUGCUGACUGUUGCACGGCAACCAAACAGGGCUUUUGAAGAUGUGACAAUCUUCUGGCGUGUGACCUUUAAUAAAACAGCUGUUGUCCUUCUGAAGGAUGGUGUGAACUUGGAGAAUGAACUUGUAUCUGUGCUGGGAGCCACGACCUGUGUGGCAGGUCAAACAAUGUGCAACAUCUCUAUUGAAAUAAAACCUGAUCAUGUACCAGAAUUUGAAACUUAUAUUUUUGUUGAGCUGUAUGCUGUAAGCACAGGAGCUGCUUUGAACAACAGUGCCAGAUUUGCUUUUAUAACUGUCCUGGAAAGUGAUGCUCCUCAUGGUUUAGUGCAUUUUGCUGUGGGAUCUCGAUUUGCUGUUGCUUAUAAGAAUACAGCUUUAAUCAGUCUGCAAGUUCUUAGAGAUUCUAGUACAUCAGUAACCACAAUGGUUACCUACAGUACGCAGGAACUACAAAAACCUGAACCUAUUGGACGGACCUUCAUAUCUCCAGCUGUGGCAGGACAAGAUUUUGUCAGAUCUGAAGGUUUAUUGACUUUUGCACAUGGACAGAGAAAUGCAUUCCUGGAUGUGACCCUGACUCCAAAGACAGGAUCUUUAAACCCAUUUCCUAAACGUUUCCAGGUUGUACUUUCUAAUCCCACAGGCGGUGCCAGGAUAGAUAAUGUGUAUGGUAUUUCUAACAUUACCAUUGUCUCAGAUUUGGACUCCUUGCCAAUUUGGGGACUGAUUGAUCAACUGCAUCAGCCUCUGGAUGACACCAUUUUACACAGAAUCCUUCAGAAUCUGAAUGUCAAAGUGGCUACAGAAACUACAGAAGAGCAACUUACUGCUGUGGUGCAUAUAAUAGAUGAGGUUACAGGUGUAGGUGAAAAACUGUUACUCAGUGAUAAAAGUAGAAGUCUUUUCUAUGAGAUACUCUGUGCUCUGGCUAGCCCAAAACGCAAGGACACAAAAGGAUAUAGCCUGCUUGCUGAGGUGACUGAGAAGUUUGCUUUUUCUCUAUUGACUGGGAUAAAGUGUGGAUCACCAGGAGAAAGAGGCAAAAAUGUCCUUGACAGCUGCCCGUAUAUUGCAAUAAUGGCUCACAACUGGUUUCCUCAGCAAAUCAAUGGACAUAGAUUUAAUGGAAAAGAUGGAGAUUCUAUUCAAGUACCUGAACAUCUGCUAGAGGUCUCUGUAGUAUUAUCAUCUCCCCAAGAAGAGAAAUGUGAAUCCGUACAGUUCACAGAAUACAGCAGUCAGCAGUGGUUCCUUACUAGAGAUAAAGAAGUUGCUCUGAAGAACAAGGUUUUCUCAAUGAGCUUGAAGGGCCAGAGUUCACAACCUUUGAAAGAUAACAGUGAAGUAAUUUAUCGUAUUUAUGCUGAAGGAAGUCGGAUUGAUCCCCAGAAAUCUCUGUGUCUCCUCUGGAAUCAAGCUGAUGAAAGCUGGCUGUCCGAUAGCGGGUUCUGCAAAGUGGUUGAUGGCACAUCAGGUUAUGUGGAAUGCUCCUGUUCUCAUAUGUCCAUUUAUACAGUUUAUGCCCAAACAGAUAACUUGUCUUCAUACAACGAGGCUUUUUUUUCUUCUGGAUUCAUCUGUAUUUCAGGUUUCACUUUGGCUAUCAUCUCCCACCUCUUCUGCACCAGAUGUGCCAUGUUUGCAGCUAAACUUCUCACUCAUAUGAUGGCUGCUUGUUUGGGUACUCAG